AUGGAUACUACUAAUGUUGCUGCUAAACUACCUAGUGCUACAAUCGUCCGUGAAACCCCUAGCCUCCUUCGUACAUGGUGGUCGAACAAGAACCUACAAUACGACGUUGCCAUGAGCACCAUCAUCAUAAUAAUCAACAUCGCAGCAACCGUGCACAUGAUUACCCACAAGAUAUCCUUUAACAAAGAUUUUCUAGUUACUUAUAUGAUGGCAUGGUUCGUUCCUUUCUACAUCAUUUUCGGCAUAUUUAGUUGCAUCUUGUGGUUUAUGGCAAUCGAGGAUGUCAAACAAUCUGAAGCAGCCUUAUACGUAGGACGCUUCGCUCACACCAUGGGCAUCUGUAUUUUCUUCGAACUCCUCUAUUGUAUUUCUCCGCACUUGGCUCUACGCUUCGGUGUUCCUGGUUUGAUAUGGUUUGUAGCCGCCAUGGUUGCACCGUGUUGUCCCUAUAUGUGGAGAGGUCUAUGCCAAACAGUUCAAGAUAUAAAAGAUUGGUGGAAGCAUGUGAAUCAACCACGAUCAGUAGUCGUUACUGUUUGA